GAAAUUUCAACUGCACCGUAUUGAAAUAUUGUUAUGCGAUAGGAGAUCUCGAAUCCUGUCAUUCCAGCUGCGGAAUUCAUUUUUUCCCCACAGACUUAACACAUUCCUCGCAUCUAUCACUAUUGAAUUCUCUCCUUCCCUUUCUCCUACUAAAAUUACCAUUAACAAUAUCAAUGCUUCUCAUCUUAUAUUUCUGACAAUAAAGAUUGAUUUUCGUGUCCCCCAAAGAACGCCAAAAAUGAUAUCUCUCCACUAUCACCGUAUCCUCCUUCUAUUCUUCCUAUUCUCCCUCUCCCUCAUCCUUCUCCUCCAUCUAACACAUCCCCAUUCACUAAAUUUCAACCUCAAUCUCAAUCCACUUUCCCUCUCCACCACCCCAUUCAAAAAACAAAAAUACAUCACCAAAGAAGGAAAACCCAUCACUCAGCAAAAUGUAAUCGAGCUACGGGCGCAAAUCAAAGAGGGAAAAUAUCCAGCUCUGAAAAAAUUACUCCAAGAUGGGGUUUUAGGGGUUGGAGUUGGAGGUGGAGAAAAAGAUGGAGAGUCUUCUUCUGGAAAGGGAGCAGAAAAAAUUAUUCAUCAGGUGUGGCAUAAUUGGGAAGGAGGAUUUGGACGGAGAGUUGAGAGACGUGGGGGUGGGAAAGUGGAAGGGAAAGGAAAAGGAGGAGAAGAGGAGAAUGGGAUAGGGAAGGGGAAAAUUUCUAUUGCAGAAGAUAAAGAGGGGUGGGAAGCUACGGGGGGCGAUGGAGAAAUUCCUCGUGAAUGGGAUGAGAGGAGACGGCACUGUAGAGGGAUUAAUGGCCAGAGUGGGUGGAAAUAUGUUCUCUGGACAUCCGAAAAAUCCCUCUCCCUCAUCAAAAUCCACUACCCAUCCUUCCUCCAAACAUACAUAUCCUAUCCCACGCACUCCCAACGCGUCGACGCGUUAAAAUAUCUUCUCCUGCAUAAAUACGGAGGGGUCGUUAUGGACCUCGAUACGAUCUGUUUGCGAUCUCUCGAUCCGCUUUUGAUGCUCGGAUUGUUCGUUUUAAGUGAACCGACAUCUGUAUCUGCAUCUUUAUCUGCGUCUUCGUUCUCGGCGGGGAAUCAUGGAGGGGAUGGGAAGGGAAUGGGAUCGCUGGAAAUGAGGAUUAUGGGCGCGCAGAAAAAUCAUGGGUUUGUGGUUGAGUUGGUGGAUGUGUUGAUGGGGUAUAAUGCGCCUGGGGUUGAAGGAGACAGAGACGGUAAUAGGGGGGUGGAAAAAUUAAGUUUGGAGGAGAAGCGGAUGAAGGGAGAGAGGGUGAUGAGGGGUCGGAGAGAGGUUUUUGGAGAGGUGUGGGAUGCGUAUCAUAGGAGGAUUGAGGAGGGAAUUCUGGACGUGGAUGUGGGUGCUAGUACUAACUCGUCUGCAAGAAUGAGUGAUGAGAGAGAGGAAGAAUAUCGAGAAGAAAUGGGAUUGGUGGAUAGUGUAGGAUGGAGAGUCAGUGUGUUGCGUCAGGGAGAAGGUGCUGGGAGGGGAUUUUUCGGUCCGCACAAACCCAUCUCCAAAUCCCGCUCGAUAAUAAAACCCCAGUCACAAAUAUCCCACACCUCUCCUACCUAUCUUCUCCUUCCUCUUCUACUCCUCAUCUCUCUUUCCAUUCUCAUAAUAUUAAUUUUCCUCUUCCGUCAUCGCCCAAAAACAGGGAAACAACCCUCUUUUUGCCGCGUGUCGAGCAGUUACGAGAGGGGAAGACGGAGGGAGAGAGUACUGAGAGGUGUGGGUUUGAACGGGGGAAGUGUUGGAUAUUUGGUUAAUGGGUAUGGAGCUAGUGGGUAUGGGGAAGAGGUUAUGGAGAGGGUGGAGGAGAAGGCGAGGGGUUUGGUGAUUAGAGAUGGGAAUUUGGAUGUGGGUGGCGAUACCUAUGGAAGGAAGGAGGGGGAGAUAAUAAGGGAAGGGGUGUGAGGUAUAGUGUUUCUUUUCUUAUGGGGAAUCAGGGAGGAUGAGGUAUUAUGAUAUUUGCUAUGGGUACGAUUGAAUUUUUAUCUGAUAUAAACUGCGAUAUCCAGUGAAGUAGUGCUUUAAUGUGUAUUCAUGGAGAGAUUAGGAUUGAAUUAUAAGCGAAACUAAGUCUUUUGCCCA